AUGCGAAUCAAAUUGCCGCUUUUGUUUCUUGGGCUGGCUCCCGUCACCUGGUGCAUAAUCCCGGAUGCUACGAACCAAAACCAGCACCCCGUUCAGCUCAACAUCACAAACACCGCGCCAUUACUGCCGCAGAAGAAGGCCCCUUGGCCUGCCAGGCCCCCUAAGUAUUUUCCUUCCAUCAGCAUUACGACCGUCGACCUUGGCCUAGAGACAUGGUUGAUGCAUGGGUCUCUGCUGGGGUGGUGGUGGAACAAAGGGAUUAUGCCAUGGGACUCGGACGUUGACGUCCAGGUGACCGAGUCGACCAUGUACUACCUCGCCGCGUUUUACAACAUGUCGAUAUGGCACUACCAAACGCCGCGGAUCCCUGAGGGCGUGGACUAUCUCCUCGACAUCAACCCUGGAUACAAGAACCCGAGCAGGGCCGACAAGAUGAACAAGAUUGAUGCCCGCUGGAUCGACACGUCGACUGGUCUCUUUAUCGACAUAACCUCUGUGCGAUACAACCUCUCGCAUCCAAAGGGCAAGGGGAUGCUCGGCUGCAAGGAUGGCCACGAGUUUAGGGACACGUACAUAUUCCCGCUGAGGGACUCCACGUUCGAGAACUCCCCCGUCAAGAUACCGUAUCGGUACAGGGACCUGCUUGCCGCAGAGUAUGGAGAGAAGUCCCUCAUCAACGGAGAUUUCAAGGGCCAUCUGUUUGACGACAAACGGAUGGAAUGGGUCCCCAAGCCCGGGGCCGCCAAGCCACCAGCGCGAAAGGCCGUGGCAAAGACGUCCAAUUAUCAGGACAAGAAGAGCCCGGCCUACGCAAAGCAAGAAGAGAAGCGCAAAGCCGGCGAGCUCAAGGCGAUUGAGAAGGCGCAGCUACGCCAGCAAGCGUGGGAGAAGCGGCGGUUGGCCAGGCUCAAGGCAGACAUGGAUACGACGUGACGAGGCAGGGAUUUCUUUCUAGAGUGGCAGUUGGUGGUGCAGUGAGGG